UAGAAGAGAGAGGAACUUCUAUAUUCAACAGAGUUCAACAUACAAACCAUCAACAUUACCUUCAUUCAACAUGCUGUCACUGCAUCAUUGUGUGUCUUCUCUCAUGUUUCUACUUCUUCUAAAAGGUGUCAGCUGUGAAGAAUUGACUGCUGACAAGAAAGAAGAGUACAGUUUAGAAGGCAGCUCUGUUACUCUCUCCUACAAAUACUCCAAACUGUCAUCUAGUGAUUAUUUCUUCUGGUAUCGACAAUAUCCAGCAAAACCACCAGAGUUCAUCAUCUCUCACUCUGCUUCAGGAGCAGUUGGAAAUUACCAAAUCCCUGGACUGAAGAUUGAAGUGGCGCAAAAGCAAAUCCUGAUGCAGAUCUCCUCUGCUGCAGUGACAGACUCUGCUGUGUACUACUGUGCUGUGGGGCCCACAGUGACAGGAAACACCAGAACACUACUGACUGACAUGAAUUAUUCUCAUUUUGCAGCCCUGGGCUCCAUGGACAGCAUAAAGCCAGAGAGUAGUGAAGAACAUGUUGCAGAGGGCAGAAACAUCAACCUGACCUGUAGAUAUGAGGGUACUAUCUACAGUAUCCAGUGGUACCGACAAUACCAGAGAUCCAGACCAGAGUUCCUGCUCUACAUCACAGAGGGAGGAUUGAUUCAUUCAACUGUUUCUGAUUUCUCAGCUCACAUUGACAAGACACAGAAACGUGUUGAUCUGGAGAUCAUCUCAGCUAAAGACUCUGCUGUGUACUACUGUGCUCUGCAGCCCACAGUGACAGGACACACCAGAACUCUGUACAAAACCUUUGGAGCAAAGACAACACAACAUGGCAGAUCUGAACUUCUUCCCUCCACUAGAGGGCCACCUUAUCAAGUAGGCGAGUGUAAAGGAGAAGACAAAGUGAACCAGCCAACAGGAGAUGUCAUCGCUGCUGAAGGACACACAGUUACACUUGGCUGCACAUUUGAGACCAGUGGCACAUAUGCCUAUCUGUUCUGGUACAAGCAAGAAGUAAAUGAUUUCCCAAAGUACAUUCUGAAGCGUUACUUAAAAACAGAAGAUAAUGCUGCCGAGUUCAAGAAAGACAGAUUUGAUGCUACAAUCAACAAGACAUCAGUUCCUCUGAAGAUCCAGAAGCUUCAGCUGUCUGACUCUGCUGUGUACUACUGUGCUCUGCAGCCCACAAACUGUAGAAGAGAGAGGAACUUCUAUAUUCAACAGAGUUCAACAUACAAACCAUCAACAUUACCUUCAUUCAACAUGCUGUCACUGCAUCAUUGUGUGUCUUCUCUCAUGUUUCUACUUCUUCUAAAAGGUGUCAGCUGUGACGUACUCACUCCAGUCAAAAGAGAAGGGUACAGUUUAGAAGGCAGCUCUGUUACUCUGUCCUACAAAUACUCCAAAGGUGCUACAGAUUAUUUCUUCUGGUAUCGACAAUAUCCAGGAAAACCACCAGAGUUCAUCAUCUCUCAUCUGGAAUCAGGAAAAAUACUAGCAAAUCCAGUUUCUGGACUAUCUGUUGAAGUGAGCGAGGAUAAAACCAGAAUGGAUCUGCAGAUCUCCUCUGCUGCAGUGACAGACUCUGCUGUGUACUACUGUGCUGUGAGGCCCACAGUGACAGGAAACACCAGAACCCUGUACACAAACCUUUGGAGCAAAGACAACACAAUACUCCACAUCAUCCACCAGAGGGAGUCACUCUGUUAAACUAUGAUACCAUUUUAACAAUGCAUUGAAUAUAUUUGAGUAACAUAUAAAAAAUCCGGAAAAAUAUGGAAGCUUGUGUGUUGGAAAAGACAGCAUGUAAAUAUAAAAUGAGAGGACCUAGGAUUGAACCCUGUGGUACACCACAAGAAAUCACAAGCUGACAGAACAGAGAAACCUAUUUUCUAAUGAAAAGAAGAAAAGCAUUAAACAUCUGAGCCUGUAAUACCAACAUGUUUAUGGAGAUACUUGAUUCAAAUUGUGUGAUUUGUCAAUAGUGUAGUUAAAUAUAACGGUAAAUAUAGUGACACAAUUUGACUAUAUGUAAUAA